GGAAGGAGCCUAGUUUAGCAGGGAUAGAAGAGGAGCACUGCUAGCCAGGGUAGCAGCAGCGUAAACGAAAUCAGUGUUUACCAGGUUACUUUGCUUUCGAGCAUCGUGACACAGGGCCGAGUUUGCAACAUGGCUGACAAAGAGGUGUACGACGAUGCAGUGGAAGAAAGAGUCAUCAAUGAAGAAUACAAGAUCUGGAAGAAAAACACACCUUUCUUGUACGACCUGGUGAUGACUCAUGCACUAGAGUGGCCCAGCCUUACUGUCCAGUGGCUUCCAGAUGUUCGCAGGCCAGAGGGGAAGGACUACACUGUCCACAGGCUGGUUUUAGGGACCCACACAUCAGAUGAACAGAAUCACCUUGUGAUUGCCAGCGUCCAGGUACCAAAUGACGAUGCCCAGUUUGAUGCCUCGCACUAUGACAGCGAGAAAGGAGAGUUUGGUGGAUUUGGUUCAGUAAGUGGGAAAAUAGAGAUCGAGAUCAAGAUCAACCACGAGGGAGAGGUGAACCGAGCCCGUUACAUGCCCCAGAAUCCCUUCAUCAUUGCCACCAAGACUCCCACGUCUGACGUGCUGGUCUUUGACUACACCAAGCACCCGCCUAAGCCAGAUCCCAGUGGGGAGUGCAGUCCUGACUUGAGGCUGAAGGGUCACCAGAAAGAAGGGUAUGGCCUUUCCUGGAAUCCCAACCUCAGCGGCAACCUCCUCAGUGCCUCUGAUGACCAUACCAUCUGUCUGUGGGACAUUGGGGCCGGUCCAAAGGAAGGGAAGGUUGUGGACGCCAAGACCAUCUUCACAGGCCACACAGCAGUGGUGGAAGAUGUUUCCUGGCAUUUGCUCCAUGAGUCCCUGUUUGGCUCAGUGGCCGACGACCAGAAACUCAUGAUAUGGGACACUCGGUCCAAUAACACAUCCAAAGCCAGCCACUCAGUAGAUGCCCACACUGCUGAGGUCAACUGUCUGAGCUUCAACCCCUACAGCGAGUUCAUCCUGGCCACUGGUUCUGCUGAUAAGACUGUUGCAUUGUGGGAUCUAAGGAACCUCAAACUGAAGCUCCACUCCUUUGAGUCCCACAAAGACGAAAUUUUCCAGGUUCAGUGGUCUCCUCACAAUGAGACCAUCCUGGCCUCCAGCGGCACCGACCGACGUCUCAACGUCUGGGACCUCAGUAAAAUAGGGGAGGAGCAGUCGGCAGAGGACGCUGAGGACGGCCCACCAGAGCUGCUGUUCAUCCACGGCGGCCACACAGCCAAGAUCUCCGACUUCUCCUGGAACCCCAACGAACCCUGGAUCAUCUGCUCAGUGUCUGAGGACAACAUCAUGCAAGUCUGGCAGAUGGCGGAGAACAUCUACAACGAUGAGGAGCCAGACAACACCCCUGCAUCAGAGCUGGAGGCUCAGGGAUCUUAACCCAGCUCUGCACGGAUCUCCCUCCAGGCACGACCCCCUCCUCCCGUCCCUGAGCUCCUCUCCCAGCCCAGCCCAGCCCAGCCCGUCGCUUCCCUCUCAAGCUUAACUCGAGCGCAACAAUGAGAAAAUGUGCUCUCCGCACAAACGAACAGCAGCGGAGAGUCAGAGACAGCAUGGACUCCACUCCAGCCAGCAGACAGUUGGAUUCAGUCUCUUCUUUCUUAGACUUCACCACAGCCCAGGUAUCCCAAAACAGGAAAGCACUUGUUGUGCCUGCUCAGGCUGUAGUUUCUCCAGUGUUUGGGGAAAUGGGGAUUUUUUUUUUUUUUUGUGGUGGAAGAGGCUUUGAGGAGCAGAAAUCCCUUAUGUGCACAAAGUCAGUGGAAGUUAUUAAGACCAGUUCAUUUCAAAGGGCUCAUGCAAGGAAAAUGACAAAGUGUUAUUUUACAUUCUGACUCCUGAGCAGCCAGGAAACCACUAGAUAGGUCCCGAAGAUGUAAAUAUGUAAGAAAACCCAGAUAAAAGAAGAUCACCUGAGCACUGAAAUGCAUUUUGGGAAACCUGAUUUGCUGUUAGAAGUGAACCAUGCUGGUCAUGUCCAGAGAAAGCUUCUGUUACAUCUGAUUUUUUUUUACCCCCCCUCCACCUGUGGCUGUUAUUUUUGCUACAUGAUGUCAUAUUCAGCAGACCCCAUCACCGCUGCCCUUCACACAGACGUUCCCCGUUGUCUCCUGUUCAGUAGGUACAUGAAGUCUUCAGUGUUUGGCAGGAGUCAGAGGCGUGGGACUGAAUUAGUGCACUUGAGGGAAACGCAUCUUUUUUUUUUCUCUCCUUUUUCUGUUGUUGUCGUCAUGUGAUGCAUCAUUACCAUGUUUUGUUCCCGGCACCACAAAUUACAAUAAAACUUUUGUAACUUUUCCAAAAAAAAAAAAAAAAAAAAGUUUUUCAUUUAUGUAAAAAGUUAAAAAAAAAUGCUCCGAACCUCUGAUGUUCCUUCAGACCUCACACACUUCCUGUUCACUUCACUCGUACACGGCGAGGAAACCACACAAGACCAAGACCCAGUGAUUUACUCCGAGCGAGGAAAGAAAUCCACAGUCAAGAGAAAUUGCAAAUUCUACAAAAAUGUUUAUUGAAAAGCAAGACAGGACUAUAAGAACAUUGUACAAUCAAAGAAGGGGUGUGAGUUUGUUUUUUUUAGUAAAAAUAAAGCUCUCUGAAGCUGUGGUGACGCAUGCCUCUUCUUUCACAGUUAGUCUCACCUACAGAGGUAGAUUCUGACAUUACCUGAGAGUCAGUCUGGGACAAACGCCAAAGAAAGAGGAAACAGAUGGUGGAAAAGUCUGUUGACCAGAACUGUCCUCUAGAAGUAUGGACACACCACCUUGACCCUGUACGUGUUCACAUCCACGCCAUGUGUGAGAUAAACGCAUGAGGAGGAGCGGUGAAAAUCAGUCAGACCUUAAAAAGGCAGCGUCUCAGGACAUUUCGCCCUCUCUCUCUCACGUGGUUUGUGCGACAAACAGCCUGUUUGUGUACACAUCUGUUAAUAAGGAGAAUGACUCUACGACCCCUUUGAUUCUCAUUUGUGUUACAGUUAUAGUGAGCUCCAGGACAGGCUGCUGAACUGGAGUAACAGGUUUCGACAGUGCUGAGGGAAUCGUCCUUCAUCACACUGAGAUCUAAAAA